UGUCUAUCUUCAUGCUAACAGAAAGAAGGAUUUUCAAUUUCUAAAAUUAUCUGCUCAUCUUAAACCGUGUCCUACAGAUUAACACGAAUACAAGGAGAGAGAGAGAGAGAGAGAGAGAGAUAGAGAGGAUGGCGUCGUCUUCUCAUCUUUCAGCUAUCCCACACCGUCUCUCUACAGCCUCAGCAUGUCAAUUCAAUUUAAAGACAGCUGGGUUCCAAGUGAGAUGCAGUUCUGAAAGUGAGAGCUCCAGUCCUAGAGAUACAGACCACUCAUCAAAACCUCUCAAGAAAUCUCAGGUAUCAAUUUCUCGACGAUUGUGUCUCACAUGUUUGUGUUCGACUGCUGCUUUGAUAAGAGAUUCUGGCACCUCUAAUUCUGUACCCAAAGCAUUUGCAUUGGAUGGAAAAGAGCGACCCGUUUGCCGAAAUUGUGGUGGCAGUGGUGCUGUACUUUGUGAUAUGUGUGGUGGUACAGGAAAAUGGAAAGCUCUCAAUAGAAAACGGGCUAAAGAUGUUUACGAGUUUACAGAAUGUCCAAAUUGUUAUGGUCGAGGAAAACUUGUAUGCCCUGUUUGUUUAGGGACUGGUCUACCAAACAACAAAGGGCUUCUUAGGAGGCCCGAUGCACGGCAGUUGCUUGAUAAGAUGUACAAUGGCCGGCUGUUGCCAAACUCUUAAACCAUUUUCAAGAUCACCAUCUCCCACAGAAGGGCUUUUCCAUGUUUGCAAGAGUGGCCGCCGUUUAUUUUUUGGUUUUAGCAUGUCAUACGUUGUUGUAUAUCAUGCGAGAACGGUCGAAUUAUCAAAAACAUGUACACUGUACAGAUAGCGAUUCUUCCUCUACAGCACAUUUAGUUUUGAGGGAUAUGGAUUUUUAUUUUUAUUAUUUAUAAAAUGUUGCAAUUUAGGAAAACUUUGGCUACAGCAUUUCUAUAUAAACUGGAUGAAAGGGAGACAAAGUGAGAGAAAAUACUAUUUGUGAUCAUUGAUGAA